UACACCCCUCCCCAACACCCCCGCUCUCAAAAACACACGUUGCAACACCCUGUCUUCUCUAUUUCCAUAGAAGAAAAUUUUCACAAGAAGAGAAGGUGUUGGUUUUAGACUCAGGGCGAGACACAGGAGAAAACCAAUGGCUUCCACUUCAGCUGUUUCAAUGGCUCUGCCAUUAACUCGUGCUAGCCAAAAGAGGGUGCCAAGCUCCGAGGCUUUCUUCAAGCCACCGCCAGUCAAGCCAUCGAGGGCAGUGGCUACUGCAAGACCAAAUGGGAGGCUGGAAGUCAAGGCUUCUUCACUCAAGGAGAAGGCUGUCGCUGGGUUGACGGCUGCUGCACUGACAACAUCCAUGGUGAUCCCCGAGGUGGCUCAAGCCGCCGAUGGAGUUACCCCAUCCCUCAAGAACUUCUUGCUUAGCAUUGUAGCUGGUGGUGUAGUGCUUGUUGUCCUUGUUGGAGCCGUGAUUGGUGUGGCCAACUUCGACCCUGUCAAGCGUAGCUGAGCCAUAUAAUUCUGGGAUGCAGUGAAUUUUUUCUUUUUUGGAGAAAAAAAAAAUCCCUGUUUAUGUAUGUGUUCGAUGUUUCCAUUAAUGAACUGUGUCUUCUGAGUGCGUGUAAUUUGUGGCUGA